AUGAAGUUCACUCUCCUCGCCCUCCUCCCAGCAGUUCUCGCCCUGCCCACCGGCGAAGAUGCAUCCAUCUCCAAGCGCCAGAGCGCAAACACAGUGACAGACCAGCUCCUCUUCAGCGUCACGCUCCCCCAAUUCACAGCCCGUCGUAACGCUCGCGACCCUCCCACUCUCGACUGGACCUCUGACGGCUGCACUUCAUCCCCCGAUAAUCCAUUCGGCUUUCCCUUUAUCCCCGCUUGCAACCGCCACGACUUUGGAUACCACAACUAUCGCAAGCAGACUCGAUUUACUGUUAGUGCCAAGGCGAAAAUCGACAGCAACUUCAAGACCGAUUUGUACUUCCAAUGUCAAUCUUCAAGCGCCGCUGGUGUUUGUAGGGGUCUUGCGGAUGUUUACUAUGCUGCUGUGAGGGCUUUCGGUGGCGAUGAUGCUACGCCUGGAAAGAGAGAUGAGGAUCUUGUUAAGGAGUAUGAGGAGAAGGUUGAGAUUUACAACCACCUUGUUGAGGAUGCUCAGAAGAAGGGUGAGCUGCCUCGUCUCGAUUAA